GAAAGAGCCGAUUCGAAACGCCAUUAUUUAGACCAUUUUAACAAGCGUAUCGAUCAAUAUAUUGCUGAUUACGAGGGCACAGGGGAUGACAACGAUGAGGAACUGCCAGAGGAACUCUUAUUAGCUGCCGAUGACCUUAUUUUGACAGAUGAUUAUGAAUCUAGACCUAUACACGAUGCCUCGUCAACCCUGUUCACAGCCACAUUCUUUACAACGCAUAAAGACAACAACACGAACUAUGGUCCGUCAAUAACCAUGGAACUAGCAAACUGUUCCACUUCGCACUGGAUUGCCUCACUAUUCCUGAAGCCUAACUUGGAAACUAAUUCGUAUAAAACUAAUGAAGUAACUCUUAAGGUUCUGACCCCUGAGUCAAGUCACGUCUAUCUAAAUGAGGGCCGCUAUUCGUCAGAAAGCUUUAAGGGUAUUGUUAUCAACACUGGCGCCGCGCAACUCUCUACAGCCGGAUAUGGGCAAUACCUUGCUUACAAGAGAAUCGUCAGAAAUAUUGAUAUUAAUACUACAAUGGCUGGCACAGCAACAGUUCAAUUUGGACCUGGCGAUCCCUAUCAGUCAAUAGGAUCAAUCGACGUACCUAUACCUAUUAGUACUAUAUGGUUCUAUAUCCUGACAACCACAACACUGUUCCUAAUAUCGCUGUACGAACUCGACAGACUAAAACUCUAUUUUGACAAUACCUGCAAUCUCCUUGUUAAUAAGAAAAUGGGAAAAACAACACCAGUCAUUUGUCAGUUUGGCCAUCCAUUCCUU